CUGCCAUUUUCACCUAUUGACAGGAAGAAUUGCCCGUUCACUCACCUUCAAUCAGCCGACGAGACAACGGUCGUACUCCCUUCCGGAAUUUGUCCUCGGUACGAAAGCAGCACGAACUGUCAUGCUCAGGCAUGGUGCGAUUCGCCAUGGCCUCCAGACCUGCGCCCGACGAACUGCACCUAAUACCAGAAUAUGUUGGAAUGGACCACACAGCAGAAAAGGAUAUGCUUCGGUAACAGAUUUGUCGGCAUACCCAAAACCGGGAGAGAGCAUACAAGGAUUCACCUUGAAAGAGAUCAACAGAAUAUCUGCAUGUGGCUAGAGAUGACAAGAACAAUGUUUUUGCCAUCAAUUUCAAGACAAACCCCACGGAUAGAACAGGCUUGCCUCAUAUACUGGAGCAUGUUACCUUAUGUGGAAGCGAAAAAUAUCCAGUUCGAGAUCCUUUUUUCAAGAUGAUGCCCCGGUCUCUGUCCAAUUUCAUGAAUGCUUUCACCUCCUCCGACUACACAUCCUAUCCUUUUGCGACUACAAACGCGACAGACUACCAGAAUCUGUCCUCAGUCUACCUCGACGCCACGUUGCAUCCACUACUCAAGCGGACUGAUUUCUUACAAGAAGGAUGGCGGCUUGGACCAGAAGAUCCUCGCGGACCCGCUACAGAGGAGAACGUCAUCUUCAAGGGUGUCGUAUAUAACGAGAUGAAGGGUCAGAUGUCUGAUGCGAGCUAUUUGUUCUACAUUAGAUUUAGAGAACAUCUAUUUCCAUCUUUACACAACUCUGGUGGCGAUCCAGAGGUAAUGACUAACCUCACUUACGAACAGCUUGUUGACUUCUCCCGACAACAUUACCAUCCAAGCAAUGCAAAGAUCUUUUCUUAUGGCAAUCUUAGUCUUGCCGAGCAUCUUCAACAAGUCGACGAGACGCUAUCGAAAUUCGAGCAGUCAUCGCCAGAUUCUGAAAUCAAGUUACCAAUUGAUUUUUCCCGUGGCCCUCUUACCUUCGAAGUCUCUGGGCCCCUUGAUACGAUGCAACCGACAGACCGUCAGUAUAAGUCUUCAAUAACCUGGCUUGGGUGCCAGGCCUCCGAUAUCGUCGAGACUUUUUCCGUUAGUAUCAUGAUGUCGCUUUUGAUGAAUGGAUAUGGCUCGCCGCUCUACCAGGGUUUGAUCGAGUCGGGACUGGGAACCAACUUCAGUCCCAACUCCGGGUACGAUAGUUCGACCAAAGUCGGCACUUUCUCGAUCGGUCUCGAUGGGAUGAAGGCAGAGGAUACUGCUGGCUUGAAGGACACGAUCCAGAGUAUACUCAGAGAUAAGGCACAUGAAGCAUUCCUACCUCAUAAAAUUGAAGGCUAUAUGCACCAGUUAGAGCUCAGUCUCAAACAUAAAACAGCCAAUUUUGGAAUGGGUCUUUUGGAGAAGACUCUGGCUGGUUGGUUCAAUGGUGUCAAUCCGAUGGACGGCCUCGCUUGGAAUGAAAUCAUUGAUGCCUUCAAGCUACGAUUGCGAGAUGAAAAGUAUCUUGAAAACCUUGUACAGAAAUAUUUCAUGAACGACAAAUGCAUGCAAUUCACAAUGACACCAUCUGAGAAUUAUGGACAGGCUCUGGAAACGCAAGAGGAGGAACGGAGAAGAUCUGUCCUAGAAGAAUUUAAAAAGAAUGCAACCUCGCCAGAGGCAGCCAUUGCCGAGCUGGGUAAACAAGAGUUACAGCUGCUCGAAGAACAAGAGUCCGCCCAAUCCAAGAAUCUCGAGUCGUUGCCUACACUCCGUGUGAGUGAUAUCGCACGGGAGAAGGAGAGGAAACCACGCUACCAGUCAAAGAUUGGCGAUGUCAACUGUCUUUGGCGUGAGACAACUACAAAUGGGAUUAGCUACUUCCAGGCAAAACAUGUGCUGAAGAAUCUUCCUGAAGAUCUGAGAUUGUUGAUGCCACUGUUCACCGAGUCCCUGAUGCGACUGGGUACCAAGAGCAAAUCCGUUGGGGACCUUGAGGCUGAGAUUCUACUUAAGACUGGUGGCAUCUCCAUUUCUCCCUUCACGGCCCCAGAACCCUGGAGCUUAGACAAAUACAACGAAGGUUUGAUUGUCAGUGGUCAUGCCCUAGACAGAAAUGUCCCAGCUAUGUUUGACCUGAUUCGCACACUGUUAUUGGAGAUUGAUUUCAAGAACCCCAAGGUUGUUGCUGCUGUACAGGAACUUCUGGAAUCAAAAACCUCGGGCGCUUUGGAUGCAGUGGCAGAGAGUGGUCACCACUUUGCUAUAACAAGUGCCGCCGCUGCUCUUACUCGUCGAGGCACUCUCCAGGAUCAACUGUCAGGAUUAACUCAAAUAGAGGCUACGGCUCGAACGUUGAGUGCUGCACGCAAGGAUCCAAAAAGCCUUCAGGAAGUCAUCGAGAAACUGCAAAGGAUUCAAUCUUUUGCCAUUCUUAACUCGCCUGAUCUAUCGAUGCGUCUGGUAUGCGAGCCUGAGUCAGUAUCUGCCAACCGCUCUGUGAUUGAAGCCUUCCUGGCGGAGCUCCCACAAGGUCAGGCAAAUAUUGCAAACUCUAGCUCGUCCACUGUCGUAUCAGGAUCUUCACUUUCAAGGAGAGCUUUUUUCAACCUACCUUUUCAGGUAUCAUAUACUGGCAGCUGCCUGCAAACGGCACCCUACUCCUCACCCGACAAAGCACCUCUGACCAUUCUCGGUCAGCUCCUGGUUCACAAUUUCUUGCAUCCUGAAGUGAGAGAGAAAGGCGGUGCAUAUGGUGCUUCGGCGAGUGCAAGUCCAAUCAGCGGUCUUUUCACCAUGUCUUCGUACCGAGAUCCUAAUCCUCGGAACUCUCUCCAAGUCUUCAAACGAGCUGGAGAGUAUGCUCGCGACAAGGUUUGGAGCAAUCGAGAGCUGGAGGAAAGCAAACUCAGCAUCUUUCAAGGUAUUGAUGCUCCCAGCAGCGUCAGCAGCGCGGCCAGUAAAGAAUUCAUGUAUGGCAUAACAGAAGACAUGGAUCAGAAAUCACGGGAGAACUUGCUCGAUGUUACCAAGGAAGAUGUCCAACGAGUUGCCCAGAAGUACCUGGUUGAGCUUUCUCCCGAACUGAGAUCUACCUGUAUUCUUGGGGAGAAGAAGGACUGGUUCGAACAAGAUCCAGAGCGAUGGCAGGAGAAAAGCCUACAGAUGGCCGCAUAGUUCGUGAGUGUUGUACAAAAUGGCUGUAUAUUAAUUUCCACUCCAGCACAGAUACCCCAUAUAUACCUGUUACCAUUUUUUUCA